GGACCUUUUGCCAACCAAACCAAGCCUAUGAAAAAUGUCCCUACAAUUCCCACGGCCAGCUCCAUGGAGGAACAACAAUUUGACUUUACUGCAAAAGGAAAAUCCCCUUACAGAACAAGGAGAGACUAUUAUCGGCAUCUAUCUCCUAGCACUGGGCUGGUUAUCAUGGUUUGGAAACAGUAUUGUAAUAUUCGUACUAUACAAGCAGAGGGCCAAUUUGCUACCCACUGAUUAUCUAACCUUUAACCUGGCUGUGUCAGACGCAAGCACAUCUGUCUUCGGAUAUUCUAGAGGAAUCAUUGAAAUCUUCAAUGUUUUCAGGGAUGAUGGUUUUCUAAUUACUUCCAUAUGGACCUGCCAGGUUGAUGGAUUUCUCACUCUUCUAUUUGGUCUAGCCAGUAUAAAUACUCUUACUCUUAUCAGUGUAACUCGGUACAUUAAAGGCUGUCAUCCUCAAAGAGCAAACUGCAUUAGCAAUGGCAGUAUCACUAUCUCUCUGGCCUUAAUCUGGAUUGCAGCUCUGUUUUGGUCAGUUGCACCACUCCUAGGAUGGGGAAGCUACAGAGAUCGCAUGUACGGGACGUGUGAAAUUGAUUGGACCAAGGCCAGCUUCUCUACAAUAUAUAAAUCAUAUAUUAUAUCCAUUUUUAUCUGCUGCUUCUUCCUUCCUGUGAUGGUCAUGGUCUUCUGCUAUGUGUCAAUUAUUAAUACUGUUAAAUCAAGCCGUGCUUUGACAAGUGAAGGGGAUCUUUCAGAAAGACAAAGAAAAAUGGAACGAGAUGUUACCAGGGUUUCUGUUGUCAUUUGUACAGCAUUUAUUGUUGCCUGGUCUCCGUAUGCUGUCAUAUCUAUGUGGUCUGCCUGUGGUUACUAUGUGCCAAGCCUCACAAGUAUCCUUGCCGCUCUUUUUGCAAAAUCAGCUAGUUUUUAUAAUCCCUUGAUCUAUUUUGGCAUGAGCUCCAAGUUCCGAAAAGAUCUGUGUGUUGUGCUGCCAUGUGCAAAAGCCCAAAAGGAUCCAGUCAAGCUAAAGCGCUACAAGGACAAGAAGCAGGGGUCGGCCCCUCGAGCAAGGGAACAAACUGAGAUCGAGCACCCUGUCCAACUACAGCCAGCACCAAGCCAGGACUCUGGGGUGGGAAGCCCAAGCAAUACUCCUCCCCUUCGAACAAAGGAUGUCCAUAUUGUAGAUAUAGAUUUAGUGUCUGAUAAUCCCAGCUAUGAAUGUGAUCGAUUAUGAGAGAGAUACUCCAGUAAUGUUUUAUAAGCACGUAUCAUAUUUUUACCUGAACAAAUAAAUGUUGUGAUAUUUA